CAUAGCAACACAAACACUAGUACGAAAGUACUGCAGAAUAAUAAUGGCUGUUAGCAUCGACCAGAGGAGAGAGAAGAGAGGGAGAGAGACAAUAAUGAAGGUCAAUCUGCACGAGUUAGCCCUGGAGCUGUUGGCCAGGGACUGGCUCAAACCAGAGUCUGAUCCUGCCCUGUUGCUCUACCUAACAGACAAAGUCUUACCAGUCCUGGUCCUGAGCAUAGAGCAACUACUGGUGACAGUGAGCAGGAGGGGACUAGAGGAAGAGGAAGGAUACAGGGAGGACUUCAAUCCAGUCAACUUCCUUGCAGAAUAUUUGAUGAGACACAACCCUAGGUACCCUCAGGUCCAUAGAGGUCCUUCAGGUUCAAGAUACUACACUGGGCUGAAGGAGGUAACAGCAGAGCUGAGGAGAAUAGUGAUAAGACAAGAGAAAGGAUUAGUUGAGAGAGUGAAGAGAGACCUGAAGGAAAAGAGAGAGAAUGAGGAGGAGGAGAUGAGAAGAAGAUUGCUGGAAGAAGAGAGAAGGAGAGAUGUCAUAAGAGGAGUUUAUCAAAUAUGGCAGAAUGGAGGGAUCCUGUUAGCACACCAGAUACUUCAGGUCACAAAGGAUUGGGUUGAUGGAGGGAAUGCCAAUAGUUAUAAAGAUACUUUCGACAGUUUAAUUAAUGACGACAGCAUCACUUUAGAAACAACAUGGACAAUAGACAAACUGAUAUCAAUGUUGCAGCCAGUGUCUCUGAUAUUAGCUAGUGAUGAUUUCAAUAGCUAUACUGACCACCUUUUUAUCUGUGGUAAGGAAAAGAGACAAGUUGAAGCUAAGAAUAGAAGAAAGAAAAUGCUAAAAGAUGCAUUCCAUCAUUGCGAUGAAGACAAAUUAGGUGUCAUUGACAGAAGGCAGUUGAUGAUAUUGUUUAAUAUUUAUUAUGAGCAUGCCACUGAUGUACACCGUGAAACACUCACUGACCCAAAGACAUGGCCAGCCUUAGAGGAGGAGACUGAUUCUGAACCAGUGGAGGAAUGGGAGAGAGAAGGGAGCACUGUAUCUGAUGAAGACUAUCAACAAUUCAUGACCUCACCUCUACACACUAACACAACAGAAUCAGAAUCGGAUCAUGCUGACACUGAUUUCAAUACCCCAAAGUCUCAUACUCAUUCUGCAAAGUCUGAGACUCAAACCAGUUCGAUACAGAAACCGGUUGUACUGCCUAGUGGACCAGGAGAGCAAUGGAGUCCACAACAUGUAGACAUGUCACAAUUUUUGCAACUUUGUGAUCUGCUGCUGGGAGACAGUGAACACACAGAAAUAGAUGGAGUUGAGACAUUGUCAGCAUUUUUAAGAAAGAACUUCCAUGGUGAUGAUUAUGAGCUUUCUAAAGGAUCAGAACCAGUACAACAAGCGAUGCUAUUGCUAAGAAGGGCACAGAAGUUAAGUGGUCUAUUCUCACUGUGGGACACUAACUGCUCUGGAUACCUUCACAUAGAAGAACUGAUGGCAGUCCUGGGCCACUGGAAUGAGUUUGGAAGUGAUGAGUGCAGGAAACAAAUGGAGGCCAGUCUUGAGACAUUGGGUAUGAUUGGUAAUCAAGUCAAUAAAAGUCAAUUUAUCAGUUUAUUGGAAAUGUUCACUGGUGAUAUGAACCAUAAUGAACUGAAGGACUUCUUGGAAUUGAUGCAAUCAUCAAUUAAAUUGACUCAAGAGCAAAAGGCUAGGAAUGAGUAUAGACUGACAUUAUUGAAUAACAUCAGGAAAGCUGGUCACACUAACAUUAAUGAAGCACUCAAUGAAGCUGUUAGGAGCAUUCAACAAGAUUCAAGACACCAUGGAGGUGGGAGGAAGGCCAGUGUGUGCAUUGGACUGUUGGAGAAGCCAUUAAAUUCAGAGACUGUACUGCACUAUAAAGCAGCCUCUGAUGAUGGAGCAUAUCAUGUACUAGGAAAGAAACUAACACAGAAAGAAGCACCAGUCAGUUACAGUGUUGUUGCUAACAAGAGGCCAGUGUGUGUUCCUAAUGUUCAUAAACAUGGACACGUUUACUUCUUCAUUCCAGAACACUCCAACGAACAAGAGUAUCAAGGAUCAUUGGUAGUGUCUCCAAUCAUUUCAAUAGUCAACAAUAAGGUGGUUGGCACCAUUAGUGUAGACUGUGUGUUAUUGAGCAACAAGCAAAAGCAGGCAUUUGAAGACCAUGAGAUAUCAUUCUAUCAGGGUGUGGGGGUGUGUCUUGGUGAAGUGUAUCAAGCUGCUGAGGCUCGUAAGAGACUAGUGGGUGCAGCUGAAGCAGGGAUCACAUGGUUACUGAGGAGGUGUCCUAUCAUUGAAAAAAUUGAUUUUUAUUUGACCUGCCCUGAAGAAAAUGAAGAUGAUCAGUAUAGUUUACAACUGGCACUACAUUCUGAUCAAAGUUUAGGUGGAAAAAUUGAACAAAAUGAUGAAAUAUUGAAAAGAAAAGAGAAUUUCUUCAAGGAGUAUUUGUUCCAUUGUGUUGAUACGAGUGAGAGUGUGUCUACUGAGGUCUAUUGCUCCCCUCACUUGUGCUGUCCAUUGAGAAAUGAGAGUGGCUGUGCUGUAGCAGUCCUUGACCUAACGCUCACUAAAAGAGCCAGUCACAUUGACUCUCAGUAUAACAGAGAUAUCAACAAGAUGAUCAAACUAUUGACUUCAGCUUUCCAACAGGCAGCAACCAAUGAAAGCGAGGGGCAGGAGUCAGUAGAUGUUCUAUUUCAUAAACUGUUGUUAUCAGAUUUACAAAAGUGCAUGGAUAAACUGGACAAAAGGGCAUUUGCUGAAAUACGUAGUUAUGUUGAGCCGCCCCCAACAAUACACAAGAUAAUAAAAACAAUAAUGAUGAUCCUUUAUCCUAACACGGUCUGUGACACAUGGAACCAAUGCAGGCCUUACGUUAGUAUUGACAUGUUAAAAUCAAUGAGCCACUUUACUCCAUCAAUUGAAGGAACAGCUACACCACAACUACCAGCAAUACUCAAUAUACUCCAAGAAGUGUCACCAAAGGAGGUCUUCCAUCAUGGAAGUCUACCUACAAGAUACCUGUACACCUGGGUAUCAGCAUGUACCGCCAUACUGGAACACAUCCACUCUAACAUCAAUAACUAUUAAUAACUAUUAAUAAGUACACGGACCUUGAUAUAAUUAUAGAAUAAUCUCUUAAGAUUUAAAAGAAACUAACAUGAGAA